CGGCGUCGUUUUACAUCCAAAAAAGUUAUCCGCAUUUAUGUUCUCUUUCCACCUGCUCUCAGGUGACUCCCUACUUCCCCGCCAAUCCCGUGAAUUUGCCGGCGACACGUCUUCCAGUCACCAUCUCCGGUAGGAAUGGUGCUACAAGUUAUUUCAACAUUCAAAUGUUUUUUCUUGCCAAUGAAUGUGAACAGUAUUAAAAGAAUUUCUUCAUUCUCCAGUGUUAUUUCUUUAUCUGACAAAAAGCAGAAAAAUCCCAAGGUCUCUUCCUUGAGGACAGAAUGUUUUGGUUUAUUAUUACAGAACUCUGUAACCUCCCCAUUGCUGGGUGAUGAUUUCAGAAGAACUGGAUUAAGGGCUUCUAGAGCCACAGAUGACUCUAAUUCUGUUGAUGUAAAUAAAGAAGAAGAAGAAUCUGGCAGGAGUGAUGAGGAUGGUUCCUUAUUUAUGGAUGAGGAAGAGAGGCUUGAAUGGAGAAGAAAGAUUAGAGAAGUAAUUGCUAUGAACCCUGAUAUUCAGGAGGAAACUGACCCUGCUGAGAUGAUUAGGAAGACAGAAAAACUUAAGGCGGACUACCCCCUUGUUAUGGAGGAGGAAGAUCCUGACUGGCCUGAAGAAGAUGGAUGGGGUUUUAAAUUGGGUCAAUUCUUUGACAAGAUUACAAUCAAGAAUAACAGGAAGGCUGACGAUGAGAAUUAUGAUAGCGACAAGGAAUUGGUAUGGAUGGAUGAUAACUAUAUCCGUCCAAUCAAAGACAUCACUACUGCAGAAUGGGAAGAGGCUGUAUUCAAAGACAUCAGUCCUUUAGUAGUUCUUGUACAUAAUCGUUAUAGGAGACCAAAGGAAAAUGAAAAAAUUCGAGAUGAAUUGGAGCAAGCUGUGCACAUUAUAUGGAAUUGCAGCCUACCUUCACCAAGAUGUGUUGCAAUUGACGCUGUUGUUGAGCAUGAUUUGGUCUCUGCUCUGCAAGUGUCCACCUUCCCAGAGAUGAUCUUCAUUAAAUCUGGGAAGAUCUUAUAUCGUGAGAAAGUUAUUCGAACGGCAGAUGAGUUGUCAAGAAUAAUGGCAUUCUUUUAUUUUGGAGCAGCCAAGCCUCCAUGUUUGAAUAACAUUGAGAAUGUCCAAGAAGUAGUCCCAUGUGUUACAAUCAACAAUGCACAGUGAAAGAGAUACAACAGAGUGUGAGAGAUGGUAGUCAAUGUGACUUCAUGGUAGUACAGGUGCUCCCCUGGCAGUCCGGAUUAGGUGGAGCAGGCCCAUCGUACUUACAGACUCAUGUUUAAUCUAGCGUGGUCAGCCAGCCAUUGUUAGGUCCUGCAUUCAGGCCGCACAACCUAGUCAUAUGAGGGUAAUACAUGACAUCAAUUAACUACCCAUCUUGGGUAUUAUUCAUGUAUUGUACAAUUAUAUAAGAUGACUUUUAUGUAUAGUAAUUUUGUACGUUAUAUAAUGUUAUGAGGUAUCAUAUUUUAUGCAGAUACGAUAUCAACAGUUUUUACCAGAUUCGAUUUAUGUACUAAUAUUAUGUAUAACUCGAAAAUACUCAUGUUGCCAUACAUUGGUGUUAGUUUAUUUUUCUUACUGAGAGGUAUCUC